AUGGCCGUCCUCAGUUUUCAUCUUUGUCUCGGAGAUCUCCGCUAUUCCAUCUCGGAGGAGAGGCGACGAGGAUCUACACUCGGAAAAAUUGCUCAAGAUUUAGGAAUGGACACGAAAACUCUGUCGUCUCGCAAACCUCGUGUGGAUUUUGAAGGCACUAAACGAUACUGCGACAUAAACCAUCAAACAGGAGAGCUUGUUGUAAAUGAGAGGAUUGAUCGGGAGGCUUUGUGUGGUCAAAAACAAUCGUGCGCCAUUCAUUUUGAUUUUUUUCUUGAGAACCCUUUAGAACUACAUCGGGUGACUUUAGAAAUUCAGGACAUAAACGACAACGCUCCGAAAUUCAAAAAUGAAGCUAUUGAUAUAGAAAUUCGUGAGUCGGCGAUAAAAGGAGCUCGCUUUUCUUUAGACGAAGCAUAUGACCCGGAUUUAGGUACUAACAGCGUGCACAGCUACACUCUGUCAAACAAUGAACAUUUUAUUCUGUCUCCUAAAGGCGCGGAUCGUGGUAGACUCCCAGAAAUUGUAUUGGAAAAUGAGCUCGACAGGGAGAAGCAGGACCGCUUAUCUCUGAUUUUAACUGCAUAUGACGGAGGCUCUCCACAGCGGACUGGCUCAGUGGUCGUGAACAUCCGCGUUUUAGAUGCAAAUGACAAUGUUCCAGUGUUUACGCAGCCAGUGUAUGAGGUGAGUCUUCAUGAAAACGUCCCUGUUGAAACCGUAGUAUUUAGAGUCAGUGCCAGUGAUGCAGACGAGGGCCCGAAUGGGGAAGUGACGUAUGAGUUUAGUUACCUUUCCAUCGACUCUGAAAAUCUAUUUACUAUUGACCAAAAAACGGGUGAGAUAAAAGUUAAAGGGGACAUAGAUUUCGAAGAGUCUUCCUCAUUUGAGCUCCGCAUCAGAGCUAAAGAUGGAGCCGGCCAAGCAACGUCAUGUACAGUUCUUAUUAACGUUGUGGAUGUAAAUGACAACGCUCCGGUAAUUAUUAUUAAAUCCUUGAACACACCUGUUCGCGAGAACCUGCCUUCUGGGUCAGAAAUUGGCAUAAUAUAUGUUCAAGACAAAGACUCUACGUCCAACGGUGAUAUUAAAUGCUCCAUAGAACAACAGGUACCGUUAAAAUUAGUCCCAUCUGUCAAAAAUCACUUUGCAUUGGUUACUACAACCGAGCUGGAUCGCGAGAGACAGGCAGAGUACAACAUAUCUUUGACUGCCACAGAUGGAGGCGCUCCUCCGCUCUUUUCGUCCAAAACAUUUCACUUGAGUGUGGCUGAUGUAAAUGACAACGCACCUAUAUUUGAAAAACAGCUAUAUAGUGCUCACGUAGCAGAAAACAAUAAACCUGGUUCUUCUGUUUUAUCAGUCACCGCAAAAGACACGGACUGGAGACAGAAUGGCACUGUAGUUUAUUCUCUGUUGUCUUCUGAUGUCAAUGACGCACCGGUUUCCUCCUUUUUAUCCAUUAACGGAGACACCGGUGUCAUUCAUUCCGUGAGGUCAUUUGAUUAUGAACAGUUAAAGAGUUUUAAAUUGCUGGUGUUAGCCAGAGAUAACGGUUCUCCUCCUCUGAGCAGUAACGUGACCGUUAGUGUCUUCAUAACGGAUGAGAAUGACAACGCCCCUCAGAUAUUAUACCCCUCCCCUGAUGGAAACUCCUUCAUGACCGAGAUGGUACCCAAAGCUGCGCUGGCGGGCUCUCUGGUGUCCAAAGUAAUCGCCGUGGACGCGGAUUCUGGUCAGAACGCGUGGCUCACCUAUCACAUUAUUAAAGCGAGUGAUCCGGGACUUUUAACUAUCGGUGUUCACAGCGGAGAAAUCAGGACACAGCGAGACCUUUCUGAAUCUGACAGCAUGAAACAGAACCUUAUUGUCUCAGUGAGAGAUAACGGACAGCCCUCCCUCUCUGCCACGUGCGCAAUGUAUUUACUUGUAUCAGAUAACUUGGCUGAAGUUCCAGAACUGAAAGACAUGUCUCAUGACGAGAGCAGCACCAAACUCACUUUUUAUCUGAUCAUCGCGCUGGUGUCCGUUUCCACUUUCUUCCUGACCUUCAUCAUCAUCAUACUGGCAGUGAGGUUUUGUCGCAGGAGAAAGCCCAGACUGUUGUUUGAUGGAGCUGUAGCCAUUCCCAGCGCGUAUCUCCCUCCAAAUUACGCAGAGGUGGAGGGCGCGGGAACUCUCCGCAGCACUUACAAUUAUGACGCAUACCUGACCACGGGCUCGCGCACGAGUGACUUCAAGUUCGUCAGAUCUUAUAAUGAGGGUACACUGACUGCUGACCUGACGCUGAAAAAACCUCAGUCUGCUGUGGAUGAUCUCGAGGGACUUGAUGCUGACAUGAGCGAUUCGCUUCAGGUAUGA